AUGCUGCGCCUCGCGGCCAAGCUGGUGUCCUUCUUCUGGAGGAGGGAGGACAUCCCUGAGGAGGAGGUCGGGGCGCCCAGGCAGGAGCUGUCGGAAGCAUUUGUCCCAGGUGAUAUCAGAUUGAAAACUGUGCAGGGUGUUGUGACAAGAUAUUGCAGUGAUUAUGGCAUGAUUGAUGAUUUGAUCUACUUUUCCAACGAUGUUGUGACUAGCAAAGUGCUUCUGAAUGUUGGACAGGAAGUUAUUGCUGUUGUUGAAGAAAACAAAGUGUCAAAUGGACUGAAAGCAAUCAGGGUAAGUCUUAGUUUGCAAGGAAUAGUCACUCUUGACCCUGAGUCACCACAUUUGCUAGCCUCUCAGGCAUGGCCUAGCCAAAGAGGACAUGGGAAGUGUGCCUAUGAGGGAGAGCUUUUGAAGCAAAUUUUACCAGACACUGAACCUACCAUACCGGAUCUUGAACUUUUUCAUAUUCUCUCUUAUGAUGAUGUAAAGAGUCACUCGUUUGUUUUACAGGUGGAAGCUGUCUCUGAUAAAUGGGAAGAUGAUAGCAAAAACUCUUGCAAAGGGUUGUCAGACUCCAGGCCCAGAGUGCUGAUUGGCUGUGUGACUUCCAUGUUGGAAGGUGCUGGUUACAUCAACCAGACCACAUACUUCUCUCUGGAGAGUGUGUGUGAAGGUUUCCACGCAUGCAAGGGAGACUGGGUAGAGGCUGAGUACUGGAUCAGACCAGGGACAUGGAGCAGCGAGGCAAUCUCAGUGAAGCCACUGCGGUACAAGCGUGUGGACAAGCAAUAUUCAGCACUGCACUUGCAGGUUUGCAUUUCCAGCCUGUGUGGGAGGAAUGGGGUGAUAGAGGACAGCAUCUUCUUCAGCCUGGAUUCCCUGAAGCUACCGGAAGGGUACACACCAAGGAGACACGACAUUGUCAAUGCUGUGGUGGUGGAGAGCAGCCAGUCAUGCUACAUCUGGAGAGCACUGUGCAUGACCCCCGUGAAGAGGUGGUACCCAAACCAUUCUUCUUUGGAAAUAAAAAGGCCAAUUUUAAGUAUAUUUAUAAGAGUUGUAGUCAAAUACUGCCUAACAUUUCAGUCAUCCAUGAUUGCUUACAUGAUGCUUUUCCCAUAA